GCCCAACGCUGCUGACCAAGCCAGUGGCACAGCGCUCUAGAUCUCAUGAGGGCCUCUGCUCGAGCAAAGUGGAGGUUUCGAUGCUCGUUUCAUGGGCUGGGGUAGGCGCAGUACUUGACAGCCUCGAUUCUCGCUGCCUGUUCAUUGGAGAGUAACGACGCAGAAUACAGGCAAUGAUUGGAGAACUCGCCGUUUGCGUUGUAGGGAUCUACGCCUGCUUCCUCACUUGGCAGUUAACGCAAGAAAGUGUUACGACGCAGUCCUAUGGGGGCCAAAAGUUUCGCUACUUUGUCUUUUUGAACGUUGCACAAUCACUAUGUGCAUCCUUGGUCGGUUAUAUCUACCUGAGCCUACGACGAAAGAAGCUUGACCUACCUCCGCCGGCCCUUCAACGCAUCUACUUGCGUUGCUCACUCUUCAGUACUGUCGCCCCUUUGUUCGGCUACGCCUCUCUUAAACAUAUCGACUAUCCUACUAUGAUCCUCGGAAAGUCGUGUAAACUGGUUCCUGUGUUGUUGAUGAAUUUUCUGAUAUACCGCCGCACGUUUGCAUGGCAUAAAUACGUGGUCGUCGCGCUGAUCACCACGGGAGUCUCCUGCUUCAUGCUUUUACAUCAGCAAGAAGGAGACGAGGGAUCUGCAAAACGGGGUGGGAAGACGAACAGCUUAUAUGGAUUGGCGCUACUAGCAAUAAAUCUGUUGAUGGACGGCGCUACCAACUCGACGCAAGACCAGAUCUUCCACAGGUUUAAAGUCUCGGGCUCGUCCAUGAUGGUAUUUAUGAAUCUCAUAUCUUCAACCUUGAUGGCAUUGUACCUCCUCCUCUACCCCUUCACGACUGAAUUGGGUGAUGCACUCGCUUUUUGCGCUGCCCAUCCGCGUAUUAUCUACGACAUCUUAUUAUUUGGUUUCUGCGGGGCGAUUGGCCAAUGUUUCAUUUUCCAUACAUUGGAGCGGUUCGGUGCGGUGAGCCUGGUCACAGUGACCGUCACGAGGAAGAUGUUCUCCAUUUUGUUGAGUUUCUUCUGGUUUGAUCAUCAUCUGACCAUUGGUCAAUGGGGAGCAGUAGGAUUGGUAUUUGUGGGUAUUGGGAUGGAGGCAUACAUGAAAAGGUCAGGCGCCGAUAAGGGCAAAGUGGUGAAGACAACAGUUCUGCAGGGAGGCUCAGCUCUGAAUCAGAAUGGGAAGCAAGAUGGAAUGAUAGAUAGUCGCAAAGCAGACAAACCACAUCAGAGUUGAAUGUUCGUGUGGACCGCACGCUUUGAAUUAGUUCAAAUAGAAUUGAUUUGGGACAUGUUUUUCCCUUUAAUGUUUUUGUCGCACGUUGCUUUGAAAGACCUAAUGUAUCAACUGAUGGCAGUACUACAUAACAUUGAUAUUGAGCAUACAGCAACACUA